CGGAGUGUCACAGUGUAUCGAUGUACAGCGGAAAGUUUGCAGCGAAAGCCUACUUUCGUAUUUUUCAACAGACACGCGAAGGCAGCAGAGGUCCACCACCCACCGGUGCAGUGAUAUUGAGAGGUCAAUCUGUCUUCCAAUUUAAAGCUGAACAGGAAUCCAAGAUGUCUGGAGAGCUGUCCCUCAACAUUAAUAUCAAAGAGCCACGAUGGGACCAGGGAACGUUCAUGGGUCGAGCGAAGCACUUCUUCAUGGUCACGGAUCCCAGGACUGUCCUCCUGUCCUCCGAGACUCUGGAUGAGGCCAGAGUGAUUGUGGAGAACUACAGAUCUGGGAUCGUGACGCCGGGCUUGACGGAGGAUCAGUUGUGGAGGGCCAAGUAUGUGUACGACUCUGCCUUCCACCCCGACACCGGGGAGAAGAUGUUCGUGAUUGGCCGGAUGUCUGCUCAGGUGCCCAUGAACAUGUCCAUCACUGGCUGCAUGCUCACCUUCUACAGGACAACUCCGGCUGUGGUGUUCUGGCAGUGGGUUAACCAGUCCUUCAACGCCGUGGUCAACUACACAAACCGCAGUGGAGACGCGCCCAUCACUGUUAAUCAGCUUGGUGCAGCCUAUGUGAGUGCUACUACCGGUGCUGUGGUCACAGCCCUGGGACUCAAGACUCUGGCCACGCGUCUGCCGCCAAUCGCCAGCCGCUUUGUGCCUUUCGCUGCCGUGGCCGCCGCUAACUGUAUCAACAUUCCUUUCAUGAGACAGAGGGAGUUGAAGUACGGCAUUCCCGUGACAGACGAGAACGGAAACAGGUUAGGAGAGAGUGUCAGUGCGGCCCAGCAGGCAAUCAUGCAGGUAGUGGUGUCCAGGAUUGGCAUGGCAGUGCCAGCCAUGGCUAUCCCCCCCAUCAUAAUGAAUGCUCUGGAAAAGCGAGCUUUCAUGAAGCGCUUCCCAAUUCUAAACGCUCCCAUCCAGGUGGGGCUUGUAGGCCUGUGCCUGGUGUUUGCCACCCCUUUGUGCUGCGCCCUGUUUCCACAAAAGAGCUCGAUGCGCGUGAGCGGCCUGGAGGCGGAGCUUCAGGAAAAGAUACAGCAAAGCAGCCCGGGCACCAGCGUGGUCUACUUCAACAAGGGCCUGUAGGACCAGGACACACGCACAAGUCUAUGGUACAAGCAAUAUAGUUUGUGCUUCUGAAGUUCAUCCUAAGGAGUCAAACAAUCAAAGUAGGCUGGAUGUUUCUAACCUAACUGAUGUAUUUUGUACGGAGCGAACUGUUUGACCUUGAAUGUACCUUCACACGUUGAUCAUAUUAGUUGUACAGCUACCUAGGAAGCAUUAUUCAUUUUAGUCAGAUGUCAAACAUUUUCCUCCCUGAUCAACUGCUGCACCUUCCUUUUUUUUUUUAAAAGUGUACUCACACACCCUUUCUAGUCAAAUAGUUACAAUACCACUUAUCAACUUCAACUUUUAACUUGCUGUAAUUCAGCACUUUUUUUUUUCCACACUAAUCGUAAUCUACUAAAAUGUUAAAUAAGUCUGACUUAUACACUAACUCUGCACAUGUCCUACGUAAGAAUUAUUACAAGAAUCAAAACAACACAACAUUGUGGGGACCGGAGGACAAACGUAAGCAAAUAUUAACAUUUGAAAAGGAACUUCAAGCUCGGUUAGCCAUUUUGCUCACAUCUUUGUAUAUUUGAUCCAGGCUUUAUUUUAAAGGCUUACUGAAAUGAGAUUCUUAUUUAAACGGGGAUAGAAGGUUUAUUAUAUGUGUCAUACUUGAUCAUUUCUAGAUAUCACCAUAUUUUUGCUGAAAAGAUAUAGUAGAGAACAUAGAUAAAGUUAGCAACUUUUGGUCGCUAAUAGAAAAGCCCUGCCUUUACCGGAAGUAGCAGACGAUGUGUGCGUGACGUCACGAGUUGUAGGGCUCCACACAUCCUCACAUUGUUUAUAAUGGGAGCCACCAACAGUAAGAGCAAUUCGGACCGAGAAAGCACCAAUUUCCCCAUUAAUGAGAGAGGAUGAAAGAUUCGUGAGUUACGAUAUUGUGAAGGACUAAAAAAAGUGGUGGCAGUGUGAGCAUUUCAGAUGUUAUUAAACACAUUUACUAGGAUAAUUCUGGAAAAUCCCUUAUCUGCUUUAAUAGUGUUUUAGUGAGAUUGUAAAGACAUACCUUGAGGUCAGAUGGCUGUGGUGAACACGCAGUGUCUCAGAGAGAAGCCAAGCUCACAGCUGCCUUUUUUGACAGCUGCUGCAGGAUGACAAAUAAUCCACCGAUGUCUCCGGUAAGAUAUAUAUAUAUCACAAUUUCCCCAUCCAAAACAUGCUGGUUGAUGUAGAGAAAACAUGUUCGCUUGACCGCUCUGCUUCACAACAAACAAACAUUGGCUGUGUCUUGGUGCUAAAGGCAGCUGCAAACCACCAACAGCAUUCUUCUUUGACGUCUCCAUUAUUAAAUGAACAAAUUGCAAAAGAUUCAGCAACACAGAUGUCCAGAAUACUGUGUAAUUAUGCGAUUAAAGCAGACGACUUAGCCACCAGUAGUACAGCGCUAAUAUUUCCUGACAGUCCGUGACGUCACGCAUCAUCAUUCCGUGACGUUUUCAACAAGAAACUGGCGGGAAAUUUAUAAUUGCAAUUUAGUAAACUAAAGCGGCCGUAUUGGCAUGUGUUGCAAUGUUAAUAUUUCAUCAUUGAUAUAUAAACUAUCAGACUGCGUGGUCGCUAGUAGUGGCUUUCAGUAGGCCUUUAAAUGUCUUGCAAGGCAUGCCUUUUAUUAACUUUUUUUUUUAAAGAAAUUGACAUUUGGUGGUCCUAAACACUGUUACAACUUCAAAGUCCAUUUUGCAAAGUAGGAAACUUAAGUAAUUUGUAGCCAAGACACUGCCUUGUUUCAAAACAGUACAACUUUGAACAAAUAUACAAAUAGACAACAUAUUAUAGUUAUAAUUUUGUGUGCGUGGAUUCUACAUGAAUUGUAAAGGAUAUACUGGACAUGUAGCUUUAUUUCAAGAAAUAUGUCAAAGGAGUGAAGUAAGUGUGGUCUUUUUGCUGUGUUGCUGUUAUGGGGUUCUGCUCUUCGGCUAAGCUUUUAUGUUUGUACAUGUCAUACUAGAUUUGCUUGGAUGUAUUUAUAGACUAUAUAAAAUGUAUUUUAUGGUAAAAGGGGUGUUGUGCCUCUGAAAGCACCAGCUGGCCCAAAGAGGAAGUUUCUGGUGUUUAGGGUCUUUUUUCUUUAAGUAUCAAUCAACUUGGUUUUUUUACUUAGUCCAGGCUAUAGAUUUCCGAAGUCAGUUUUUUCCACAGCCAUGCAAGCUCAUUGGAAUUAAAACACUGAAGUAUUUUUUUAAAAUGGUUUCAUUCCAACGUGAAGCAAUUUUAUUUUGGACAUUAUUCAUGACACAGCAAAUAGUCAAAAUGUAUUUUAUUUUUUUUAACUUAUCCCGCGUCUCAUUCUACUACAUGUUCUGUUACGUUCAUUUAAUCUAGCUAAUAUAUAUCGAGCUGCAAUGGUAAAAUAUUGUACUUGUGGGCUAGAUUAUGAACGGUUUUUAAUUUUCCUGAGGGAACUUUCUUGAAGGAACAAAGUACUACCUGUAUGUGUUUCUGCGGGUACAAGAACACACUGGAACAAUCUCAUCUGUUCUGAAAGAGUAAUGAAACUCAGCACUUCAGUUAAAUGUAUCCAAAAAUGGAAAGUACCAUUUGCUCAGGACUAGAAAGAUUUAAGUUUGUCCUGACCUACUAAAGUUCUCGUUCAUUUGGGGGCAUUAAAUUGUUCACCACUGGACUGCUUGGAAGACCUUUCACCGAUCAUCCUAGUAGUCUUCAUCAGUUCGGACUAGUAGUGUUCAAUCCACAGAAAUCUUUCUGCCACCCAAUAACUCAAUGCUUGUCGUUGCUUUGACAUUUAAGAUUUCCUAUUUGCAUUAAAACUGUUUUUCCUCAUUGCGAUCAGGCAAAAGCAUCCUUGCACAGACACUACUGGUUUUUGGAUUAGAAAUAUUUGGGUUUUGGAACUUGAUUUGACCAAUCUAAGUCAAUGACAGGGGCGUCCAAACUUUUUCCACUGAGAGCCGCAUAUGGAAAAAUGAAAGCGUGCAGGGGCCAUGUUGAUAUUUUCAAACCAGAACAAAAUGAAGGAUUUUUUUUUUUUACCUUUAAGGGUCCCGGGGACCAUAAAGGGUCUCAGUCAUUAAAAUGUUAAAAAUAAGUAUUUAUUUUAUUUAACGCUUACAAUAAAUCUCUAUAUCAACUUCAAGAUAUAAAGUAAUAGAAAAGCCAUAAAGCCUGUGUCAAAAACUACUUUUUUGGUAGUAAAACUAAAAUAUGCAGUACUUAGUAUAAUUAAAGCCCUAAAAGAUCAAUAAUGCAGGACACCAUUGAUUUUAAUUACUUUAUAUUUUGAGUAAUAGUGAAAAGUUAAAUAAAAUACCAAUAAAUAUAUUUGGGAUCAAAGGGUGCCCCACUCAAAAGUGGUACAUUAGGUUUUUCUUUUACUUUUAACACAAGUUACAGGAUCAAAAUCUAUCAAUUUUUACAUUUGAAGUAUUUUGUUUUAUGCUCUUUUGUCAAAUAAAACUUAUAUGGCAGCCACAUAAUAUAUGCAAUAUUAACAAAACAUUUUAAAGUGAGAUACUUGAAGUAAUUGGAGCCUUGAAAAUAAAUUUGUCUUUUUUUUAUUGGAACAAUGGUGAAAAAGAAAAAAAAAAAGCCUGCUUGGCAGCUUUGUCAAUAUUGCAACUUUUUCUCGUUAGAUUUCUCCUCAUUUCCUUUUUUUUUUUUUUUUUUUUUUUUUAAAAAAUGCAACAGCAUUUCCAGAAUGUGUAAACAAUUAGUUGCGAGCCGCAAAUGGCCCACACUUUGGACACCCCUGGUCUAUGAGCACAAACUGAAGCCUACUUGGAUGAGCGGUGAAACGUCUAAGACCAACCAAGCAGUCCAGUUGCGACACGAAUGAACGCCCAGAGAUGACUUAAGUUAAUUAGUUCACUUUUGUCUUCAUGCAUAGGUGGUUUUUUACUAUGUUGCUAUGCAUCCAACAGGUGUCACAAGAAUGGGAUUUUUGUGUUAGUCAAACCUCAUGAAUUGUUUAGCAUUAAUAAAAAUAAAAAAGGCACAAACGUUAGACAAUCCGUGCGAUUACACUCCAUGAAUGUUUUCACCUUCAUGUAAACACUCAGUAUUGGUGCGGUGUACUCUUCCUGUUUUGUGUCAUGGAUUAAAUAUGACUUUGAAAUCCAAAAAUGUCUGCAAUUAUUUUUUUUAAAAGAGCUGUAUCAAACAAAAAUGCCAAAAAUACUACGUAAUGCAAGGACUGCAAUAUGUUAAAAUCCAACUGUCCAUAUUCAAAUGUACUGCUAAUAGUAAACCCUUGUUUGAGGUGUACUGCGGUAACUCGAUUCUCAAAGUAGGAAUUUACUGUGAAUCUACCUUAUUUAUACUUUUAUCCAAUUUAGUAAUGCAACCAGAGAAUGAGUAAUCAGCCAAGAGACUGACCAGUUCAUGUUUGGUCUCAUCUAGCCCCAAAAAUGGACAAGCAGUAGAAAAUGGAUGGUAGCCAGUACUACUGUAGUAUUAGAAUUUGCCAUUCAUGCUUGAAAACGCCUAAUUUAGGCCAUAAUCUUUGAAGCAUUGACAAGAGAACUACAGCUUAAUUCUCACUUAACACAGCUCCCAAGUUUAUUUCUUUAGCCAUUUUAGGUUUUACACUAAAGUUUAUAGGCAACCCACUUCUAGCCUGAUUUGUAAAAAAAAUAAAAAAAAAUAAAAUAAAAGUUAAUGGCAGUUGAACAUUUUAAAAAAGAAAGUUUGCUAAUCAACUUUAGGCUUUAAGUGCAUUUGCUCUGACACCAUAAUGUAUCGACAUUGCCAAGGUUUGGUAUUAAAAAUGUUUGGAAAGAAAUGUAUUUGCACUGAUAAUGAAACUUACAAUAUUUUGUACUCUACAUUUCAAUGUCAGAUUACAGGUUUCCAUUUCAUAUCUUUGACAUUUUAACCUAAUGUAUGAAUACCUUUUUAUCUUCAAUGCCAAAACUUAGUGGCAACACUCUGACUCUGAAAUCAAAUACACAAGCUGCGUCAGAAUCAUGCUUCUAUAGAAUAUCAUGUGGAAGGUUUGUAAUUUAGUAUUUUACUUUUGCUCGACUGAAAACAUAAGUGUUUGAGUACUGUAAAUCAGCCCACAGCGAACUGUCAAAUGUACAGUAAGUAAUAGGGCUGCGAAUCUUUGGGCGUCCCACGAUUCGAUAGAUUGUUCGAGUCGCAAUUUGAUUAUAAACGAUUUUUUUCAAUUCAAAAACGAUAUUUUUCCGAUUCAAAUUUAUUCUGUAUUCAUUCAAUACAUAAGAUUUCAGCAGGAUCUACCCCAGUCUGCUGACAUGCCAGCAAAGAUUUUAUUUUAUUUUUAAAAAGCAUUUAUAAUUGUAAAGGACAAUGUUUUAUCAACAGAUUGCAAUGUAAAUUUGUUUUAACUAUUAAACUUGGUUAGUGCGUCUGCCUCACAAUACGAAGGUCCUGCAGUCCUGGGUUCAAUCCCAGGCUCGGGAUCUUUCUGUGUGGAGUUUGCAUGUUCUUCCCGUGACUGCGUGGGUUCCCUCCGGGUACUCCGGCUUCCUCCCACUUCCAAAGACAUGCACCUGGGGAUAGGCCCCUCCCACUUCCAAAGACAUGCACCUGGGGAUAGGCCCCUCCCACUUCCAAAGACAUGCACCUGGGGAUAGGUUGAUUGGCAACACUAAAUGGUCCCUAGUGUGUGAAUGUGAGUGUGAAUGUUGUCUGUGUUGGCCCUGCGAUGAGGUGGCGACUUGUCCAGGGUGUACCCCGCCUUCCGCCCGAUUGUAGCUGAGAUAGGCGCCAGCACCCCCCGCGACCCCAAAAAGGGAAUAAGCGGUAGAAAAUGGAUGGAUGGAUAUUAAACGAACCAAAAAUGACUUAUUUUAUCUUUGUGAAAACAUUGGACACAGUGUGUUUGUCAAGCUUAUGAGAUGCCAUGCAAGUGUAAGCCACUGACACUUUUUUUUCUUUUAAGUAAAUGUCUUAUAUGUCUUCGGGAUUUUUAAUCACUGCUAUGCUGAAAUUAUAACUAAUAUUGAUACUGUUGAUAAUCAUUUUUGUUUCACUACUUUUGGUUUGUGUCUCCUCUCAAUUGCUCAGUUUAUUGCAGUUCUGAGUGUUGCUGGGUCAGGUUUGGAUUGCAUGGUUAUGGUAUUGCUGUGUAUUUUGUUGGAUUGAUUAAAAAAAAUAUAUUUAAAAAAAAAAAAUGAGAAUCAUGAUUCAAAUUCGAGUCGAUUUCCCCCCCACACCCGUAGUAACAUCAAUGAAACAAAAGGUUGAGUAUAACGUCGUUUAUUGCUACUGUUCACGGGUCACAUCGUCUCAAACCAGCAAGCAGACCUCAACAUCUGCAGAACGUGCAUUUUAGGCAUCAAACUUGCUCCUCUCCUUUGGAGUUUUGAGCCAAGUCGUCAUUAUUAAAACACACACUUGUACAUGUUGAAGGUGAGCUUGCGGGAAUCAAAUUCCAGUGUUCAUACCCGUCUAGCUUUCAAGUGUCUGCAGAGGUAGAGCUAGUGUUCUAAAUCGUAAGAGGUACAGUUUGGAUGGAAUUAUUUAACCUGGUUAUGUUUUAUACAUUUAGUGUUCUAGCAAACUUAUUUGCGAGGAAUAAUUUUCCUAACAGCUUCAAGAACAUGAGCCGCUUCCACUUUGUGGCCAAAUUCCUUCUCCCGGUGCUCCAGUAUGACCCCCUGUGUCAAGAACCCAGAGUCAAGGGAAGUGUGGCUGUGACUUUGUGUGUGGUCACCUACCUGAUCUCCUGCGCCGAUGACAAACACGCCACCCAUGAUGAAGCCCUCGCCCUUCAGGUUGCCCUGGUAACCAGACUUCCAGGCCCGGAAGAAGCUCUGCAACGCAGCCAGACGAAACACCCCCGCGCCGCCCAUUUUGGGACCGUAGAAAUGUUUCUGCGAGAGUAAACAAUUGUCAGUUUCUCCUUCCAGGACUGGCCAGGUGUCUACAACGCCUUAAAAAUCAGCCAACAUUUUCGUCGAUGUAAACGUCCCCGGCGAAGUGCGGUUUGAAGUCCUGGAUCUCUGUGCCCACACGCUCCUUCACCAAGGCCACCAGAGGGACCCCAAGCUCUUCCAGCUGGGGCUUGAGAGAGGACAGCUCAGUGGCCUCCUGCCAGGAGAACAAAACAAUGUUUCCAACUCAGCUUUCUAGAACAAGCAAAUUCCAAUCACCUCUCUGCACAAAGCUCAUCCGGGCCGCCGCACGGCGAAGAUGACCGCGCCGUUCUUCUCCCAGAGACUCUUCGCUUUGAUGAGCUCCUCUUCUGCAGACAAAAUGUUUUUAAGUACACAUCUCCAAAUAUCCCUGAAGGGAGACAAGUCCACAAGUUUGAUAAAGCAGAAGAAAAAAAACAAGUAGACUGCAGAGUGAGCGCUCUGUCGCUCUGCAAGCUUUGUUCAAAGUGAUUUGCAUGAAAUCCAACAAGUUAUUUUGCUACCGUCAGUGGUGGAGCGCAGGUCAGCGUCAGCAAGAUGGUCCAGCGAAGCAGGGAGAAAUUUGGGCAGACAAAAGUCAGAGUUGAUCAGGAAGACUCCUGCCAGGGCAGCACCAAGGGCUCCCAGUCCUAGAGUCCACAUCCCCAUCCCGAACAGUUCCAAGUCCACAGACUCAAACACUGCAACACAAACAAUACAGGAGCUUAAUGCAUGCUCAAGCACAUUUUCCAAAUGAAACCUUAAGCUCAGUACACAUUGAACACCUUUCCCCACUGGACUGCAGUCAACUUGGAGAUAUGGGGGUGUGACGCAUCAUGCAUGCAUUAACAGUGGAAAGCAAAAGCAAAACAAAUCUUUACAAAAUUACUUUCCUUUGAAAAAAAUGAAAUUAGGGCUUUAAGAGGAGCUCACAGCUCAUUAAAGGCCUACUGAAAUGAGAUGUUCUUAUUUAAACGGGGAUAGCAGGUCCAUUCUAUAUGUCAUACUUCAUCAUUUCGCGAUAUUUUUCAAUCAAUGUUUACUUAUAUAGCCCUAAAUCACUAGUGUCUCAAAGGGCUGCACAAACCACGACAUCCUCUGUAGGCCCACAUAAUCCAAUCCACUUUAUUUAUAUAGCACAUUUAAACAAUAACGUUACCAAAGUGCUGCACAGCCAUGUUAAAAACAUUAUGCUCCACCAAUGACUGAAUAAAAUAAAAAAUGAAUAAAAAUAAAACCAAUAAAAAUAUUUAAAAAAUAUGAUUAAAAACUAUUUUAAAAGGGUAAAAUCAAUUAAAACAGUCAAAUAGAAAUCAAAGUGUAUAAAAAACAGAGGACAACACAACUCACGUAGUGUUAAAAGCCAAAGAAUAAAAGUGGGUAUUAAGACGAGACUUAAAACACUCCACUGUGGGAGCAGUUUGAACAUGGAGGGGCAGAGUGUUCCAGAGCUUAGAGAAGGCCCUGUCUCCCCUGGUCUUAAGUCUGGUCUUGGGCACCACGAGCUGGAGCUGGCUCUCGGACCUCAGAGUAAAUUUGGAUGAGGUCCGAGAUAUACUGAGGUACCAGUCCAUGUAAAGAUUUAAAAACAAACAGCAAUGUUUUAAAAUCAAUUCUAAAAUGAACAGGGAGCCAGUGCAAACUCUGAAGAAUUGGGGUUAUAUGCUGGCCUUUCCUGGCCCCUGUUAAAAGUCCUGCUGCCGCGUUCUGGACUAACUGCAACCGGGAGAGAGCUUUUUGGCUAAUGCCAGCAUAAAGUGCAUUGCAGUAGUCCAGGCCACUUGAAAUAAAAGCAUGCACCACUUGUUCAAAAAGGUUAAAAGAUAAAAACGGUUUAACCUUUACUAAAAGACGAAGGUGAUAAAAACACAAUUUUAAAACGCCAUUGACUUGUUUGUCUGUCUAUAGUGACGCCAAGGCUGGUGACUUUGGGACACACAUCAUGUUGCAAUGGUCCCAAGUCAGUGAGGGCCGGACCAAAAACUAACAUUUCAGUUUUUCCCCUCAUUCAUUAUUAAAAAAUUCUGGGCUAACCAAGCCUUGACGUCACAUAGACAGUUAAGAAGGGUAUCAGGGGGCCGUGGCUUUUUGAAAAUCGGCAUAUAAGGAAGGGCAAGGAAAACUCACACCCAGUGGGACGUCGGUGACGAUGACUGAGAACCUUGAGAGGACGAAAGCAAUUGAUGUCGAGCGGGUAUAUUUUUGCUGAAAUUAUUUAGUAGAGAACAGACGAUAGUUUGCAACUUUUGGUCGUUAAUAGAAAAGCCUUGCCUGUACCGGAAGUAGCAGAUAAUGUGUGCGUGACGUCACGGGUUGUGGAGCUCCUCACAUCUGAACAUUGUUUACAAUCAUGGCCACCAGCAGCUAGAGCUAGUCAGACCGAGAACACGAUAAUUUUCCCAUUAAUUUGAGCAUGGAUGAAAGAUCCGUGGAUGAGGAAAUUUAGACUAGAAAAAAAAAAAGGCGAUUGCAGUGGGAGCGAUUCAGAUUACUAGGAUCAUUCUGGAAAAUCCCUUAUCUGCUUAUUGUGUUGCUAGUGUUUUAGUGAGAUUAAAUAGUACCUGAAAAUCGGAAGGGUGUGUUGACGCCAGAGUGAGGGAAGUCACAGCAACUGCAGCAGGACAAAAGCUGCACUGAAGCCUCCGGUAAGAGGCGACUUAUUACCACAAUUUUCUCACCGAAAACUGCCAGUUGACAUGUUUACUUGACCGCUCUGAUCCAUAGUAAAGCUUCAUCUUCGGGAAUUUUAAACAAGGAAACACCGUGUGUUUGUGUGGCUAAAGGCUAAAAGCUUCCCACCUCCAUUUUUCUAUUUUGACUUCAUUAUUAAUUGAACAAAUUGCAAAAGAUUCAGCAACACAGAUGUCCAGAAUACUGUGUAACUAUGUGAUUAAAGCAGACUUAUAGCUUGGAUCGGGCUGGAAAAUAACGUCCGCUACAACCCGCGACGUCAAACGCACGAGUCAUCAUUCCGCGACGUUUUCAACACGACACUUCGCGGGAAAUUUAAAAUUGCAAUUUAGUAAACUAAAAAGGCCGUAUUGGCAUGUGUUGCAAUGUUAAUAUUUCAUCAUUGAUAUAUAAACUAGACUGUGAGGUCGCUAGUAGUGGCUUUCAGUAGGACUUUAAUAGUGAUCAUGCUUUCAUGUUAUUGUCCAAAAAGGCUAGUCUUAUUAACUGCACUUUAGAACACAAUCUAACCGGGGUCUUAGUGACUUGCUUCAUUUAGCAAGUACCAAGUGGCAGCACUGAUCCUCCUGCAACAUCUUAUUCUUCUCUGGCAGAUCAGGUGCACAUGAGCUGUUAAGCAGCUUUACAAUGCCAUCUACUGUGCAGAGUUGGAAUGACAAGCUGCAGACACUCCUGGUAUGUCUUCAACAUCUGACAUCUAUUUGUGGCAGGCUGUCAAAUAAAAGUAUACAGAAGUGAGGGACAGGAAGUGGUUUCAGUAGUUUGCUCUAAACAAGAACCGCGAUAGUCAAGUAGAAGCCCGGGCUUGACAACCUCUUAGGUUAUUAAACAUUUGGCCUCACUGGUGAAAUUGUUCUGUAGAGACCAACAAGUUUAUUAAAGCUGCAUUUCAGCAAAUAACUGAUAUUCCUAAUUUACACUGUCACUCCUAGAACAAGCUAUUAUACAUCUUUUGCCCACCCCAGAAUAUGUCUGUAUUGAAAAAGUAUCCCCUAUCAAACUAAUACUUUUUGUUGCACUGAUAACUGAACCAAUACUUUCAACAUGAUGGACCAUUACACUCCUAAUUAAUCCUGCUUGACCAAGUUUAACAUUGAAUAAAAAGCCUUCACAAAAAGGGACUUCAUAUCUUAAGCAGACAAAACAUGCCUCAAGCCGCCAGUCCGACUCUUAAUGACCUUCAGUCUACACUAAUCUAACACUUGUCAACUGUACACUUCAUUAGGAACACCUGCUCGGUCGUUUGAGAGAAAUACAAAAACGUGACAAUCAUGCCAAUUCUUAAAAAUUAUGGUUGUAGAUCUACACUGCGUCAUACUGAGAACUGUCUAUAUUUCAAUUAAUUAGAGCUUUUCACAGACGCAGGUCCGAAAUGGGCUUUAAGCUUGUUGUGAUGACCAAAAUAAUGCAAUUACACAAUUAAAAAAAAAAAAGGUUGUGGAUCUACACUGCGUCAUACUGAGAACCGUCUAUAUUUCAAUUGAUUUGAGCUUUUCACAGACGCAGCUCCAAAAUGGGCUUUAAGCUUGCUCUGUGAUUACCAAACUAAUGCAAUUACACAGCAUUUUAGAAACAAAACCAUCCAACGGCUCAUUAAAAAAAAAAAAGUGUGCUACACUUUUUUUGGAGUUCACAAUCCUAACACUUUUUUAGCAAACUAACGCAAUCAAAAGUCCACUUACAAUGCAACCUAUUGGAGUCACUAUCUGCCUAUAAAAGCCCUUAAACAUCCAAGUCCGUUAAGGUAUUUAUGCACUUUUUGGGGGCGGUAUAGCUCGGUUGGUAGAGUGGCCGUGUCAGCAACUUGAGGGUUGCAGGUUCGAUUCCCGCUUGUGCCAUCCUAGUUACUGCCGUUGUGUCCUUGGGCAAGACACUUUACCCACCUGCUCCCAGUGCCACCCACACUGGUUUAAAUGUAACUUAGAUAUUGGGUUUCACUAUGUAAAGCGCUUUGAGUCACUUGAGAAAAGCGCUAUAUAAAUAUCAUUCACUUCACUUAAAAAAGGCACAUUUAACAGAGAUAGAUUUUGAUCAUUUUAGGCAUAUACUGCACAUUUAAAAAAUGCAUCACACGGUUGAUUUUUUGAUCUACAAUAAACUUCCACAAGCAAGGAAGCAGUUUACCACUCAAAUAUCAAAACUGGCACACAAGCUUAUGAUAAAGGGGCCGCUAUAGUUUGUUUUAGCGGUUAUAACGAAUACUUGGUUGAUAUUCAGGUCACAAAAUGUAAUUAGUAUUGUUGGCAUUUUUUGGAUGGUUAUUUAUAGGCGGAAUAGAGGACCUCACACUGGCUCGUCUGUAAGCAAACUCUUAUGUAUGAAUUAGAAUUUAGUAAAAAAGUCAUCUUUCAUAAUGAUUGUAAACGCUAAGCAAAAUGACAAAUGACUGCAGUUCCUCUUUAAAGCGCAUGCAGAGGUAGAUCAAGCUGCUGGACACUGACACUUCAAAUGUGGCAAAAGCCAUUUUGGAAGUUUACUCUGCUUAUACAGAUAGUUUAUGACACGGCACCAUGGAGAUAUUACAGUUAUUCCUUUGAUUAUUGGCACAGACUAGAUGACAGGCGGUAAUUGGAGCUUUUAUGAAAAGAAGUCUUUUUACUUUUGUCAUCAUGCACAAAAGGAUGAAAGUAGUCUUCAGCCCACAUUUGCAAGGCAUUAGAUAAAUAUAUCUAUUAAGUACUUGAACUGGGCUCACCCCAGCACAAAUGGGUGGUAGAGCAAGUUCGCUGCCAUCAUACCGGUUCUGCAACAAAACAAAUAACCGUGUAUGCUUGCCUGCACCGCGUUUGUUUGGGUCGGGACUUGCUUUGGCUCUACUUUGGUGAAAAUGAGCGGCCGGGCUUCUCUCAAAGAACCUCACGCUCACGGCGGCGUUCCUCAGAGGGAAGGUAGACCAACGGGAAGGAGGGGGUAGCGUUCGCCUCAAAGCUGCCAGCAGCAUCGCCACAGUGAGUCUUUUCCGAUACACAAAGGAACGCUCGCUGUAAAAAACAAAAGACUACUAUUGUGAUUCCUUCAGGGAGUCGGCGUGCCAAACUUAAUUAUCAUUGAACAAAGUUGCCUUACUGCCCCGCUUUUAAUCCGAGUCACUGCUUCCUCAAUUUCUAAUACUAAAAUGUAAACUUCAGAAAAUAAAAUCACGCAGUGGCCGUAAAAUAAAACUUAUACUAACUUGUUUCCAAUUGUCUGAAGUUCAGAUCAUUCCGUUCCAAAAUGCUU